AUGUUAUUCAUUAUUUUAUUUAUUCUUGUUAAAGAUUGCCAAAGUAAACUACUUUUUGAUUGCAUCCCAAUUGGUAAUAAAUUCAGUGAUGGAUUUAAUUCUCAGACAAACACAUCAUCUCUACAAUGUUCAACAACUCAUUCAAAUAAAACAUAUCUAUUUACAAAAGAUUUCAGUGAUGAUUCAGAAAAAGAUUGGUCGGUUGGUCACACAAUGAUUGAUGGUCAAAUUCUAUUUUCUUCUAAUAACCAUCAUUUAUUUAUUACAUCGAAUUUAACUUUAACUAACCAAAGUCAGUUAUAUCUUCAACAACCCUUUCAAGUAAGUUAUUUAUUGAAAAUGACGUCACAGUCUCAAAUACAUGUAUUUCAUUCAUUACAAAUACAAAAAAACAUUGCUAUAACCGGUCAAUUAAAGACAAAUUAUCCAUUAAUUGUUUCAUGGAGUGCUAUCGGAAUAGAACUCUUUAAUUCUCUUCAAAUUAAUAACAGCACUGAAUGCUUUGACCUUCUUUCUAUGCAAUCGUCUUAUAUCCUCAAUACUGCUAAUUCGAUUAAUACAAUAAAAACAAAUGAUUUUCCUUAUCCUCUUGCAACUGGUCAUAUUCAUCUUCUUUCUGGACAACGUCUUAUUCGUUAUUGCCCUUCUUCUGUCCCGUUUACUAAUGAAGUUAAAUGUAUUUUAACAACUCCAUUUUAUCAAAAGUCUUAUUCAGGUAGUGGAAAUUAUGCCUUUGCUUACCCUCAUUGCCCGUGCAAUGAUGAACAUACUUCAUGUAUUCUUGAAUUUUUAUCUUCUGAAGUGUAUCUUCAAUCAAAUGACCUAUCACAUACACUACUUCACAUUAAUCAUAAUACUACUCUCCACCAACUUGACACUUCAAAAUCAAUUCACCUUGAAGACUUAUGUUUAUUACGUCUCAUCUCUAUGAGACCAUUUUCUCAAAAUGUGAUUAAAACAUCGUUUGGGUUUAUUACAAAUUUUGGAGAUAGUGAUGGUAUGUUUUUCUUUAAUCCAUUAAAUCAUACGUUAGUAUUAACUGGAACAAAUGAAAUUUGUUUGACCCAAUAUAAAAAUAAAGUUCCAUUUACUUUUAUUGGUCAUGGAAUGAUUAAUUUAAAAGAUAUUCAAGACUCAUCUGUAUUUGCUUUUAGGAUAGAUAAUGAAAAAGAAAGACUUAAAGUCCAUAUCAAUCAAAAAGGAAAUAGUCAAGUACUGAUAUUUGACCAACAAAGUUAUCUUGAUGAAUUACCAUAUUGUGCUGUGGUGAUAAUCAAAUCUAAGAAUAAUUUCACUUGUCAAUCUUGCAAAGAAGGAUUGACUUUAACUCGGUCUAAUCUUUGUAUUAAAGAUAUUCAUUGUAUUCGUCACUCUCCAAAUAGCCAUUGUCUAAGUUGUAAGGAUGGAUAUCAAUUGUCUGUUGAUAGAACUUGUCAAAGUAAAUAUUAUAAUAUUGAAAAAAUAUCGUUAUGCAAAGGUGAUACUUGUGAUUAA